AUGGCAACCUCAGAACCAUUUCUCGAUUCCUUGUGGGAUAUGAUUGUAAAGGCCACUCAUUAUAUGAACACAAUCCGCAUACCUAUUCUAGGAGAGUGGUCUUUCCGGUCGAUUAUCCAAAUCAGUUUGAUAUGGUAUCUUGUGAUCAAGCUAUCAACCCGAAGUACUCAGCUUGAGGAGUACAGAAAACGGCUUCAUAAUGCCGAAGCACAGAUUCAACGAGAUGAAAAAUCCCGGAAAGAAGUUGCAGAGAUAGCUACUGAUCUUAAAGGGAUGUUGGAAGGGAGAUCGGGGAUACUUGAGAAUGACCAUGAGCUGGCUUCGAUUGUGAAAAAAGUAGAUGGGAUUUCACUGGCCACGGCUACUGCGCAACAGAAAGGCAUUUCUAAAUCGAUUUCUUCUCCAUCCGGUCCAAAAAUGACUAUUAGUCAACUCUACAUCUACCCCAUCAAAUCACUCCGAGGAUGCUCUCUCCCCUCCGCCACCCUAACCAAAGAAGGAUUUUCCUACGAUCGCAAAUUCAUGCUCCUUCGCAUCCACGAUUCCAAUUCCAAAUGGGGUCGCUAUCAAAAUAUGCACAUAUCCGAGUUUCCAGAAAUGGCUCUAUUCCACACCUCCAUCACAGAUUCCACUCUUCACGUAACCUACCACGCUCCCUCUUCCUCCUCCCAAACGCCAGUCUCUGCCCACCCAACCCUAACUAUUGACCUCUCCCCCUCCACCCUCUCCCAUCUCCCAGAAAUCUCAAUCACCAUGCACAAAAGCCCCAUGACAGCCUACGACAUGGGAUCCACCUACAACAACUGGUUUUCCCAACACUUCAAAUACCCCGUACUUCUCGCCUACGCCGGCCCCAACCGACGUCUCGUUCUCGGCAAUCUCCCCGGAAAACCCGCAACCUACACCCCUUCCACUCGCCCCCUCCUCCAAAAAAUUCCCCUCCUCAAUUCCCUUCUCCCCACCCCCAAACCCCCCUCCAUCAUCUUCAACGACUGCGCCCCCUACCUCAUCAUCACCCAAUCCUCCUGUGACGACGUCACCAGUCGUCUCCCCUCCGGGCCAUCCCAAACCCCUAAAAUGGACAUUACAAAGUUCCGCGCCAACAUCAUUAUUUCUGGUUCGCCCCGCGCAUAUGAUGAAGAUUACUGGGGCGGAUUAACCUUCUCCUCCAAUUCCUCUUCCGAUCCCAAUUCCGAUACCAAUUCCCCCAAAGAAAUCAUCCUAACCGCCAACUGCGGCCGCUGCGUUUCCCUCAACGUGGACCACGAAACCGGCACCUCCGCUCCCAAAGAAAAAGAAGUCCUAAAACUCCUCAUGAAAGAUCGACGCGUAGAUGAAGGCAUGAAAUAUAGUCCUAUAUUUGGACGCUACGGAUUUCUAGGAAAUGGAGAUGUGAAUGAAGGGAAGGUGUUGAGAGUUGGUGAUGCAGUACAAGUUUCGAGGAGAAAUGGAGAGAGGACGAGAUUUUACUGGCCCGGUCUUUCCACCUAA